GUGCCCCCCAUGCCAUGUUAACAAGAUCCAGAGUCUUACCAAACGCUUUACGGCGAGACGUGGCCGUUGCUGCCAGGCGCUGCUUCGUGCCUCGUGCUCGUGGGUUGCUCACUCUCGCUAUCGAGACAUCUUGCGAUGACACGUCAGUCUCAAUCGUGGAGAAGAAAGACGGCUAUGCGACCAUUCACUUCCUUGAGAAAGUAACCUGCGACUCCACCGAGUACAAAGGCAUUCAUCCCGUGGUCGCUCUCGGAUCCCAUCAAGAGAACCUUGCGAAGCUCGUCAACAAGGCGCUCACAAAACUACCACCCGCUCCCUCCUCCGAUACUCCCCUUCAUAAGCUAGUCACACUGUCCAAUGAUGACCGACCGCGCCGCAAACCAGACUUCGUGUGCGCCACGCGAGGCCCAGGCAUGAGGACGAAUGUCCUGGUCGGACUAGACACGGGCAAAGCACUUUCAGUGGCAUGGCAGGUCCCGUUCAUCGGGGUGCAUCACAUGCAGGCUCAUCUGUUGACACCCCACCUCCAAUACUUCCUGGAUCAGGACCCGACAAACAAUCCGGGAGGCGCCCAAAGUCCGCAGAAGGGUCAGGUGGUUGUUGCUGCAACCGCCCAGGAAGCGCAGCCCGCGUUCCCGUUCAUGUCCAUCCUCGCCUCGGGCGGCCACACGAUGCUGGUGAAAUCCGCCUCCAUCACCCACCACGAGAUUGUGGCCUCGACCCUGGACAUCGCCGUCGGGUCGGCGCUCGACAAGGCCGCGCGGCUGAUCCUCCCGGACGAGAUGUUCGAAAAGGCCAAGCACUCCGUAUACGCCCGACAGCUGGAGCAGUAUGCGUUCCCCAACGGCCGCGCCGACCACGCCGACUACCGCCCUCCGGCCACCCGUCGCGACGAGGUCCAGCCGCCCGCGCCGAACGAAUGGGGCUGGUCGUUCACCACCCCCUUUGCAAACACCCGCGAAUUGGUGUUCAGCUUCAGCUCCAUCGAAUCCUCGGUCGAGCGACUGAUCAAGCGCAAGCAAGAGGCCGGCGAGGGCUGGGCCGACGGUGAGCGGGUGGCCCUGGCCCGCGCGGCAAUGCGCGUCCCCUUCGAGCACAUCGCCUCGCGCUUGAUCAUCGCCCUCGAGGACAAGCGACAUGAGACGCCCAUCCGGUCUCUGGUUCUCAGCGGCGGGGUGGCGGCAAACCAGUUUUUGAAGACCGUCCUGCGCGCCUUUCUGGAUGUGCGCGGGUUCGCGGAUGUCGAGAUCUACGCGCCGCCGCCCUAUUUGUGCACGGAUAAUGCUGCUAUGAUCGCUUGGGCGGGACUGGAGAUGUACGAGGCUGGAUGGCGCACGGAUCUCUCGGUUCAUGCGCUCAGAAAGUGGUCUCUUGCGGACGAUCCGAAGGCACAGGAUGGGGGCUUCUGGGGACCUGGUGGGUGGGUCCGAGAAGGGGUGGAGGAGUAGAUGCAAACUGUGCUCGGAAUUACGAUGCAACUCUCUGUACACUAGUCAUGACCAUGUAUAUUAUCGUCUCUAUAAGUUCCAGGUCGGGUUCUCA